AACGAUUUUAGCACGUACAGUUUAAGGCUUUACUUUGAUUUCUUGAGUUCGUUUUACAUUUACAUCGAAAACUCGCAGCAAGAAAAGAUUUUUCACAGCUAAAAAGAAUUGCCAAUUGGAGUAAUGGCAGCAAACAAGAAGCAAAACGCUGGUCAAACGAGUCUACAUAAAGUAAUUAUGGUUGGAAGUGGCGGUGUCGGAAAAUCUGCUCUUACGCUUCAAUUCAUGUAUGAUGAGUUUGUUGAAGACUACGAACCGACCAAAGCUGAUAGUUACCGUAAAAAAGUUGUUCUUGAUGGGGAAGAUGCACAGAUUGAUAUUCUUGACACAGCGGGGCAAGAAGAUUAUGCUGCGAUACGUGACAACUACUUUAGGAGUGGGGAAGGAUUUCUUUGCGUGUUUUCCAUAACUGACAGUUCUUCAUUUGAUGACACUCAGGAUUUCAGGGAACAAAUCUUACGAGUGAAAGGUGUAGACUCAACCACAGCUGGUAGCAUUCCAUUCCUGCUUGUUGGAAACAAAUCUGAUCUAGAAACCAAUCGGCAGGUAAGCCAGGCAGAUGCCCAACAGUUUGCGGAUAAAAUGGGAGUUCAGUAUGUGGAAACUUCCGCUAAGACGAGGAAUAAUGUAGACAAGGCCUUUUUUGACUUGCUCAAAUUGAUAAAAGUCGAAAAGAACAAAACGGUUGAACAAAGACCAGCGGACAAUGCUGGAGAAAAACAAGGAUGUUUUGCCCAGUGCAAAAAGCGCUGCAAUAUUUUAUAGACAGCACUCAGAUAUUUGAGUUAGGACAUUCAUUGUUAAACACCCAUCCGGGCCAUUUAAGGAGUUUCUAAAUCUCUAUGCAUCAGGGCAAUGUACUGAUUCAAAAAAAAAUUUCAAAGGAGAUAUUUAAAUGUGUAAUACUCCUAUUCAAAAACAAAAAUCAUACAAGUUGUUCUAAUGUAUACCACCUUUUACGCUAGUGUAGUCGUGAAAAUAUGUAGAAAAUAACUGAAUGACUUAUUGAUGCCCGCAUAGUUUUUGAUUGAUUUUUUGCAUAUAUAUAUAUAUCUACUCUAUAGUUUUUUAAACUUUACUGACGAAUUGUUGUGAUGAAACACCUGGUGAAGUUUAUUGAUUUAAGCUGAACGCAAUAUGCCUAGUAUUUUAAAAGGCUUUCCUGCUAAAAAUUAAUUUUUCUGUUACUCAGCCACACUUAUAAACAGUGGUACAGCUAAAAAAAUAAAAAAAAGGAGUUUUUGAGGCCAAAUUCACAAUUUUUUUCUCCAGUCAAACAGAAUUUUUUUUGUUGUAAAAUUUUAAUUAAAAAAUAUCAUUUGAAAGUAUCACGACUCAGAAAACUACACCACUAGCUGCGCCACUUCUCAUCAUAGAAUGAACAUCAUUUAUUCAAUUUUACUUUCUCUUCAUUUGCUGCAUGCAGCACCUUGUUUUAAAAGGGAAUUCCUAUUUUAAAACACGUAAUUUUAAACCACCAUCAUCACGUGACAUGCAUGGCCACAAAGUUACCAUGCAGGUUUUUAUUUCGUGCAUGAUAUUUCUGUUGGAUUCUGAAGCCUUUGUCCACCGUUUUAAUUUUAGAUUUUUAUUUCAAUUGCUCUUCCGUUAACCUAAGUUGUUUAUUUCGUUUAUUUGUGUUUAUCCUUGUUUUCAUGUAACACCCAAUGCUACUAUUUGUAAUCGCUCGCUUUUAGUGGGCAAGCAAUUGAGUUAAGACUAACCGUAAUAAAACGCAGAGUUGCGCUUUUAUCGCGCACCAAACAAUUACAAAACUUUCUGAUAAAA